CAGCGCGCAGAGCCAUGGACACCGACCUGUACGACGAGUUCGGGAACUACAUCGGGCCGGAGCUGGACUCCGACGACGACGACGACGAGCUGGGCAGGGAGGCCAAGGACCUGGACGAGCUCGAGGAUGACGACGAUGACGAUGACAUGGGGGACCACGACGAGGACCACCCCGGCAUGGAGGUGGUGCUGCACGAGGACAAGAAGUACUAUCCCACCGCCGAGGAGGUCUACGGGCCCGAGGUGGAGACCAUCGUGCAGGAGGAGGACACGCAGCCUCUCACCGAGCCUAUUAUUAAACCCGUGAAAACAAAAAAAUUCUCUCUGAUGGAACAGACGUUACCGGUCACUGUCUAUGAGAUGGAUUUCCUGGCAGAUCUGAUGGAUAACUCGGAGCUAAUUCGCAAUGUGACUCUGUGUGGGCACCUCCAUCACGGCAAGACUUGUUUUGUUGACUGCCUGAUAGAACAGACGCACCCAGAAAUCCGGAAACGCUAUGACCAGGAUCUCUGCUACACUGAUAUAUUGUUCACAGAGCAAGAGAGGGGUGUAGGGAUCAAGAGCACUCCAGUGACUAUCGUUCUGCCAGACACCAAAGGAAAAUCUUUUCUCUUCAACAUCAUUGACACGCCAGGCCACGUCAACUUUUCGGAUGAGGUCACAGCCGGCCUUCGUAUUUCGGACGGCGUCGUGCUUUUCAUUGAUGCAGCUGAAGGGGUGAUGCUCAACACGGAGCGGCUCAUCAAGCACGCGGUGCAGGAGAGGCUGGCGGUCACCGUGUGCAUCAACAAGAUCGACCGCCUCAUCCUGGAGCUCAAGCUGCCCCCCACGGACGCCUACUACAAACUGCGACACAUCGUGGACGAAGUGAACGGGCUCAUCAGCAUGUAUUCCACCGAUGAAAACCUGGUCCUGUCUCCCCUUCUGGGAAACGUGUGUUUCUCCAGUUCACAGUACAGCAUCUGCUUCACGCUGGGAUCUUUUGCAAAGAUUUAUGCAGACACAUAUGGUGAUAUCAAUUACCAGGAGUUUGCAAAGCGGCUUUGGGGUGACAUCUACUUCAACCCGAAGACUCGGAAGUUCACGAAAAAGGCCCCGACCAGCAGUUCCCAGCGCAGUUUUGUGGAGUUCAUCCUUGAGCCCCUUUACAAGAUCCUGGCUCAGGUGGUUGGGGAUGUGGACACGACCCUGCCCAGGACUCUGGAUGAACUUGGCAUCCACCUGACCAAAGAGGAGCUGAAACUGAACAUUCGACCCCUCCUGCGGCUUGUCUGCAAGAAGUUCUUCGGGGAAUUCACAGGCUUUGUGGACAUGUGUGUGCAACACAUCCCUUCCCCCAAAGUGGGGGCCAAGACCAAAAUCGAGCACACCUACACGGGCGGCGUUGACUCCGAUCUGGGGGAGGCCAUGAGCGACUGCGACCCUGAUGGUCCACUGAUGUGUCACACCACAAAGAUGUACAGCACAGACGACGGCGUUCAGUUCCACGCCUUUGGCAGAGUGCUCAGUGGCACCAUCCAUGCUGGGCAGCCUGUGAAGGUCCUUGGAGAAAACUACACCCUGGAGGAUGAGGAGGAUUCCCAGAUCUGCACUGUGGGACGGCUCUGGAUCUGUUGGGUGCUCAUCGAAGGAGUGGACCAGCCCAUCGUGAAGACGGCAACCGUGACGGAGCCGCGAGGAAACGAGGAGGCUCAGAUCUUCCGUCCUCUGAAGUUCAAUACCACGUCUGUCAUCAAAAUCGCUGUGGAGCCAGUCAAUCCCUCUGAGCUGCCCAAAAUGUUAGAUGGUCUCCGCAAAGUCAACAAGAGUUACCCAUCGCUUACUACUAAGGUGGAAGAGUCUGGGGAACACGUGAUCUUGGGGACGGGGGAGCUCUAUCUGGACUGUGUGAUGCAUGAUCUGCGCAAGAUGUAUUCAGAGAUUGAUAUCAAGGUUGCUGAUCCGGUUGUGACGUUCUGCGAGACGGUGGUGGAAACGUCCUCCCUGAAGUGCUUUGCCGAGACACCGAAUAAGAAGAACAAGAUCACGAUGAUUGCUGAGCCUCUGGAGAAGGGACUCGCUGAGGACAUCGAGAAUGAAGUGGUGCAGAUAACAUGGAACAGAAAGAAGCUGGGUGAAUUCUUCCAGACCAAAUACGAUUGGGAUUUGCUGGCUGCUCGUUCCAUCUGGGCAUUCGGGCCUGAUGCAACCGGCCCAAACAUCCUGGUCGAUGACACGUUGCCCUCCGAGGUGGACAAGUCGCUGCUGGGCUCCGUGAAGGACAGCAUUGUACAAGGAUUUCAGUGGGGAACCAGAGAAGGGCCCCUCUGUGAUGAAUUGAUCCGCAAUGUGAAGUUUAAGAUCCUGGAUGCCGUGAUUGCUCAGGAGCCCCUGCACCGGGGCGGAGGGCAGAUCAUCCCGACGGCCCGCAGGGUGGUGUACUCGGCCUUCCUGAUGGUGAGGACGCGGCUGCGCGCGACGGAGCCCGAGCGCCCUGCGGCGCCGGCACCCGCGGUCUGUUCUCCCAUUGGCAGAGGCCACGUGACACAAGAUGCUCCGAUCCCAGGCUCCCCACUCUACACCAUCAAAGCCUUCAUCCCAGCCAUUGACUCGUUCGGCUUUGAGACGGACCUGCGGACCCACACGCAGGGCCAAGCCUUCUCGCUCUCCGUCUUCCACCACUGGCAGAUUGUGCCUGGUGACCCCUUGGACAAGAGCAUCGUCAUCCGGCCCCUGGAGCCCCAGCCGGCCCCGCAUCUGGCCAGGGAGUUCAUGAUCAAGACCAGGCGCAGGAAGGGCCUCAGCGAGGACGUCAGCAUCAGCAAGUUCUUCGACGACCCCAUGUUGCUGGAGCUGGCCAAGCAGGACGUUGUUCUCAACUACCCCAUGUGA